GCGCGGGUUAGCGAGAAACUCCAUCUUGUCUCCGUUCUGCCCGCCAUUUCACGCGCACCGACCGGGGCCCGCUCACGCAACGGUACCGGACAGAGGGCGGAAGUACCGGUGAUCCGACUAACGGCGACGCGACAUUCCCCGAUCCUCACCGAACGCCGUUCAGACCGGAACUGGCCGGCUCCCCGGUUGGACCGCCGGUCGGGGCCCGGUACCGGGACAGGCUAUCCCGGGCCGGGCUGUACCGGACCGCUCCGAUCAACGAUCGAUAUUAAGGGCUACAUGCUAACAGCUAGCCUGCUCUCGUCUCCUCAGCUCGACUCGCAGCGUGCACGCGUUCCAUGCGCGUCUCCGCGGUAUAAGAGCUACAUGUACUGUGCGCGCGUGUACGUGAGUCUGGUAUUACAGCAGCACGUGACAGCUGGAUCAACGACAGCAUUGAUGAUUAUCAGCGUAUUGAUCUGCUGAUCGAACAUUGAUCACGUGGUGUCUGUUAAGAUGAUUGGCUGCAGUUCUACUCAGACUUCCUGGAUUACAGCAGGUUGAAAUAAAGCUGUUGAAAAGUGUUUCACCUUUGACCUCAGCCUUAGCACCUCCUAUGUCCUAGCCUUGUUUGCUUUCCUCAGAGCGAGUGUGGAAUCGUCCCGAGCUAAACCUCCGUCCUCAGACUGUUCGUCGGUAGACCAGAAUCAGAUAUCAGAAUACUUUAUUAAUCCCUGGAGAAGUUAUUUUGGUUACAGUGCUCCAGUACAAACAGUAACAAAGACAGACAAUACAAGAAGUAAGAAAUAGGACAAUAUAUACAAUAUACACACACACACAUAUGUAUGUAUAUAUAUAUAUACAUAUGUCACUUAUUGAUAAAUAUCUGAAUAAGAAAGAAGAGCAUGUGCAAAAAGGGUGUAGCUAUUGCUGUAAACUGUAAAUAUGUCAGCAGGUUAUGGAUGAAAUGGAAAAUGCAGUUAUGAUGAACACAUGAUCUGCUUCACGUCGGUUAUUACGUCGAUGUUUCCAUGAAAGAUUAGGACUGUGGACAGCUUCAGGAUGCUUCAGUGUCUCCUCUGCUUAAGGACGCACUGAAGCUCCUUUCCUUAGUAUGUGGGACAGCUCUGAUUAUGGCCGCCACACAGAUACUUCCAGGUGAUGUCUUUCAGUGAAGAGCUUUCACUAGCAAAAUGGACUCUGUUUAGUGAGGUGACAGGAAGUGACAUCAUGAACGUCAUCAUCAAAGAUGAAUCAUCAUCACGCUGAUGGUGCGAUCUCAAACAUUGACUGUUUUUAAGAAUCCAAACAAUCUGAAGGGAAAUCUUUAAAACUGCAUCGUGAGUCGGAGGAGGUCUGUGAACAUGUGACACAUGGCUCACAUGACCUGUCAGAGGAGCAGGUGAGCCUGACAGUAAAAGCCUGGUCACAUGUUUGCAGUGAAAGGCUUUUAAUUUGAAAUAAUACAGGAAGUUUAUGUAUAAGGGUUGGAGCAGGUCAGGUCUGCUGAUUGGAAGGUCGGCGGUCCGAUCUCUGGCUGCUGCAGUCUGCGUGCCCUUGUUUCUCCAGUGGAGUGUGAAUGAGUGUGAUUGGGUGAAAGAGGCACGUUGUAUAUAGCGCUCAAAGAGACGUGCUACAUAUGAACCAGUCCAUUUACCACAAACAGCAUGAUGCAGUUAAACAGACCGAACAGUAACAGGUGACCAGAGCUCACCAUAGUAACCUGUACAUAGCAGUACGGGUUGCUAUGGUAACAGACACCAUCCAGCUGUGUACUGCAACUCCAUUUACACAGUUGUAAUGUCAGAGCUGAUGUCAUCUGUGUUCAGUGUCAUGUGACGUAUCACGUGAUCAUCUGUGACAUCAUGUGAACAGCUACAGAUGUCAUAAGAUUAAUUGUGAAAUUAAAGUUGUUCCUGGUUAGUGUUGUUAGCUAACCAUCAACACCUGGUUUAUGCUGGAGCUGGGGCAUCGCCUCGUUCAUAGCUAAAGGUAGAAAUGGUGUCCUGGAGCUCCUCUGACAUAGAACGCUGAUCAUUGAUGGCUGAGGUCGGAGAAGGGAUAGAUCAGAGACACGAGGAGAACCUCACAUGACUGUAAUGUAAAAACAGGUGUUGAUGAUGUCACACAUUUUGAUUGGUCAGGUGGUUUCAGUCCUGGGGGAUAAUACUAGCUGUAAGUAUCAUUACCACCUGACCAGACCAGGGUGCUUUGAACCUGAUUACGUGACCUGUACCUGUUCUCAGAUGGCGGAAACGGUGAAGUACGUGGAUGACGAACAUAAGAGCAUCUUCUUGAAGCUGCUGAACGAGCAGCGACUGGAGGGCGAGCACUGCGACAUCGCCGUGGUCGUCGAAGACGUCAAGUUCCGUGCUCACCGCUGCGUCCUCGCCGCCUGCUCCAACUACUUUAAAAAGCUCUUCAAAAAACACGAGGUGGACAACUCAUCAGUGAUUGAGAUUGACUUCAUCCGCUCUGACAUCUUUGAGGAAGUCUUGAACUACAUGUACACGGCGAAGAUCUCUGUGAAGAAGAAGGAUGUCAACCUGAUGAUGUCAUCAGGCCAGAUCCUCGGCAUCCGCUUCCUUGACAAACUCUGCUCUCAGAAGCGAGAUGUGUCGUCGGAGGACAAGGAGAAGUUUCCCUAUGACAUCGUAAAGAUGGCGCUGCCGCCUGAGGCUCAGCUCGCGGCCGACUCAGAGGUGCUCGGUGAGCACGAUGACACGUCUGCCACAGAUGACCUUGUGGAGCCCUCGGCCAAUCCAGAGCUGGAUAAGUCUCCCAGUGCAGCGCUGCAUGUGCAAGAGGCAAUCCUAAAGGAACUGACCAAUGAGGAUGUGCACAAGGUAACCUGCUACGAUCAGGAUGUGGUGACGGAGAUGGAGGCGGAGCCUAAAGAGCUUGUUGCGGAGCAUCACGCCACACAGACGCUGACCUUCGCGGACAGCAUUGGGGAAGUGAAGGACGAGCAGCCGCCAGGCUGGUCGACGGCGACUGCCGACAUGAAGUUCGAAUACCUGCUGUACGGACACCGCGAGCAGCUCGCCUGCCAGGUGUGUGGGAAGACUUUCUUGGAUGAGAGCAGACUCAGGAAGCACGAGAAGCUUCACUCGGCUGAGCGUCCAUUCGCUUGUGAGAUUUGCACCAAAGCUUUCACCACCCACGCUCACCUGAAAGAACACCUGAAGAUCCACGCAGGUUUCAAACCCUACAGGUGUGACGUGUGCGGGAAAUCUUUCAUUCGCGCUCCGGACCUGAAGAAACAUGAACGAGUUCACAGCAACGAGCGGCCCUUCGCCUGCCAGAUGUGCGAAAAGGCUUUUAAACACAAGUCUCACCUGAAGGAUCACGAGAGGAGACACAGAGGGGAGAAACCGUUCGUCUGUCCGUCCUGCACCAAGGCCUUCGCCAAGGCGUCAGAUCUGAAGCGUCAUGAGAACAACAUGCACAGUGAGAGGAAGCAGCUGAAUCCUUUGCAGAGUGACACUGAGACACUGCAGGCUGCUGCCAUGGCUGCUGAGGAGCAACAUCUGGACUCCAUCAGCUGCUCCUAACAUCUGGACAGCCCUUUAACCUUUUCUGCUUUCACACAAACUUUGAACGGACUUUGGCUCUGUUUGGUAGGAGCCUUUUUUCCUGCGUCGAGUUGAUGCACAUGAACCAAGUGUAAGAUAAACUGAGCAGUCAUGUGACUCAAAUGUUGUCAUGUGACCUCCCUCUGGCUACAUGUGUGAUUUGUAACCUGGCGUGUUUGUCUUUUCAGUUUGAAGCAUACAUUUAUAAACUGUGUAAAUUAUAAACACUUCUGCUCAGUUUCAUGAGCAAUGAGAGAGAGAACAGUUUAAAUAAAGAUUCAACCUUA